AUGUCCGCGGCAGAGAUGAGAGUGCGAAGUACCAAGUACAAGCAGCAGAUGAGGUGCGACGGCGGCCGGCUUUCGGCCGAGACAACUCCGGAGAUCUCCAACUCCAACCCCAACUCCACGUCCGACCAACCUGGACUCCACCUGCACCACAUCAUGGUCACAGCCACGCGAUCACGCUGCUACGAGCGUGAUGCGAACGAUGACGACUUUUACGAUCACAGACCAGCCAAGCGGCGAAGAGUGCAGGAGAAGCCGUUGCCGCCUGCGUGCCCAAGCUACGCCUCCCCAUCUUCCAACAAGCGUGUCGACACUACGAACGAUCUUGGGACUGCUGUGACCCAGCCCGUGCCCACGCAGCUCUUGACGCCAACAUCUUCCACACCAACGCCUUCGUCGGCCCGGAUAUCUGCCUCAUCCGCUCCGAAAGACACCCGCAAGCGAAAGCUCUCAUCGCCCCAGGUUUGCUCAGCAUCACCUAGAGCUGGGGCACUCUCAGCUCCGACUUAUGACUCUAUCAUAUCCAGUCGCGCAUCACGGCCGAAACGAAGCAAUACAAGGAAACAACGGGGCGAUCCCGAUGAGAAUGGAAAGCCCAGCAGCGUUGAAAAGUUGGAAGAGACCACGAUUUUGGAAGGGAAUACCACUCGGGUGCGGGAUGAAGCCUUGAGCGCCAGGGAUACGAGAAACCUCAGCUCUGCAAUGGGAAAAUCACAUGAAAGCACGCUUCCCAGGAAUGACAUUGCGAGAUCUUCAGUUGCCCAGGAUCAUUUCGAACUUCCGGCCUCUGCGAGUCCUACGCCCUCGGCACCCUGUACCCGACCGGAGCAUGUCUACGAUAUCUACGAUCCAAAUUUCGGCGAAGAAGUUCGACUCGCCUACAAAAUCAAUAGUCUGGGGCAAUCUUGUCGCGUGAGGAAGUAUGGUGCAGAAGUCGCCGAAGCAUGGAAGCGUGGCUCCACCCCCGAUGAAGCUCGUGAACAGUGGAGGGUUGAAGCAGCGAGACAACUUGCGGAGGCGGAGGAGAUUAGUGAUUCCGACUGA